CUCUUAGUACAAAGCAGUGAGCUCUAAACUAGUGAGCCGUGAGCCCGUGACAAGUUUGUUUCUCUCCCGUAGUCCCACACUCGAACGAGAUGGCUGACGAGUACGGCCGCGGCGGCUACGGCAGGUCCGCUGCCGGCGACGACUACGACAACAAGACCAGCAACGAGGGCUACGACCGCCGAGAAGGUGGCUACAACAAGUCCGGCGCCGACGACUACGAGCACGAGCGCAGCAGCGGCCGCGGUGGCUACAACAAGUCCACCGGCGACGACGAGUACAGCGGCGCCGGGUACAAGAAGUCCGGAGGCGACAACUACGACACCGGUUACAACAAGCAGUCCAGCAACGAGGAGUACGGCCGCAACAAGCCCGGCAGCGACGACUACGACCGCAGCGCCGGCGGGUACAAGAAGUCCGGCGACGAUGAGUACAGCGGUGGCGGGUACAAGAAGGCGGGUGGCGACGACGAGUACAGCGGUGGCGGGUACAAGAAGUCGGGGGGCGACGACGAGUACAGCGGCGGCGGGUACAAGAAGUCCGGCGGCGACGACACAGAGUACGGGUCGUCCAGGGACGAGACCGAGAAGUACAGGAAGGAGGAGAAGGAGCACAAGCACAAGGAGCACCUCGGCGAGAUAGGCACCCUCGCCUCCGGCGCCUUCGCCAUGUACGAGAAGCACCAGGUGAAGAAGGACCCGGAGAACGCGCACCGACACAAGAUCGAGGAGGAGGUGGCCGCGGUGGCGGCCGUGGGCAGCGGCGGUUACGCGUUCCACGAGCACCACGAGAAGAAGGAGUACAAGGAGUCGGCAGAGGACGGCGAGGACGAGGAGUCCGGCCGCGGCGAGGGGAAGAAGAAGCACCACUUCUUCGGCUAAGCUAGCCAGCUGCUGCUGAUCGAUCCGCGAUUCAGCCAGCUGCUAGCACACCUAUACGCAUACGCGCGAGCGUGCGUCCAAUAAGAGCCAGGAAUUUGUGCGUAUAUACGGCUCGUUAUGUAUACGUACUACGUACGUUUGGCCGGUGUGCCUGUUUUUUUUUAACAUCCGGUGUGCCUGUGUUGCUGCUGCGCCCUGCGUGCAUGUUUUUUCUUUUUGAAAAUGGAGGUGUACCCUCGGCCCUCUGCAUCAUAAUGAUGCAUGCAACCAUCUUAUUAAAGCAUAUCAAAGUAGCACAAAGUGUGGAAUAUGUAUUUAACUUGCUGCGUGUCUACGCAUGUAUUGUUGUAUGUAUUGUUUCUGCAUGAAUAUGGUAUCAAGAAUUCAAUCA